GCAGGCAGCGUCGCUGCGUCCCACGUCUGCCAAACUUUGGGGCUCACUCGCGCGAUGAGCGCCCCUCCGCUGCUGCGUCCGCCCAGUCCGCUGCUGCCCGCGGCAGCCGCCGUGGCCGCCGCCGCCGCCGCGCUGGUCCCCGGCUCCGGGCCCGCGCCUUUCCCGGUGCUCGGGGCGGCCCCGGCGGGGGGCAUCUCGUUCCAUCUGCAGAUCGGCCUGAGCCGUGAGCCGGUGCUGCUCCUUCAAGACUCGUCUGGCGACUACAGCCUGGCGCACGUCCGCGAGAUGGCUUGCUCCAUCGUGGACCAGAAGUUCCCUGAAUGUGGUUUCUAUGGACUGUAUGAUAAGAUCCUGCUUUUCCGUCAUGAUCCUACCUCCGAAAACAUCCUUCAGCUGGUCAAAAUGGCAAGUGAUAUCCAGGAAGGAGAUCUGAUUGAAGUGGUCCUGUCAGCUUCGGCCACCUUUGAAGACUUUCAGAUCCGGCCCCAUGCUCUCUUCGUACAUUCAUACAGAGCCCCUGCUUUCUGUGAUCACUGUGGAGAAAUGCUGUGGGGACUGGUUCGCCAAGGCCUUAAAUGUGAAGGAUGUGGUCUGAAUUACCAUAAGAGAUGUGCAUUUAAAAUCCCUAACAAUUGCAGUGGUGUGAGAAGGAGAAGGCUCUCUAAUGUUUCCCUCACUGGACUCAGCACUGUCCGCACCUCAUCUGCUGAGUUCUCCACCAGUGCCCCUGAUGAGCCUCUACUGUCUCCUGUAAGCCCUGGCUUUGAGCAAAAGUCACCAUCAGAGUCAUUUAUUGGUCGUGAGAAGAGGUCAAAUUCGCAAUCAUACGUUGGACGACCAAUUCAGCUCGACAAAAUUUUGAUGUCUAAGGUGAAGGUGCCACACACUUUUGUCAUCCACUCCUACACACGGCCCACGGUAUGCCAGUUCUGCAAAAAGCUUCUCAAGGGCCUCUUCCGUCAGGGCUUGCAGUGCAAAGAUUGCAGAUUCAACUGUCACAAACGCUGUGCACCAAAAGUACCAAACAACUGCUUGGGUGAAGUGACCAUCAAUGGAGAUUUGCUUAGCCCUGGGGCAGAAUCUGAUAUUGUUAUGGAAGAAGGAAGUGAUGACAAUGACAGUGAGCGGAACAGCGGACUCAUGGAUGACAUGGAUGAGGCCAUGGUCCAGGAUGCUGAGAUGGCUAUGGCAGAGGGCCAGGGUGAUGGUACGGAUAUGCAGGAUCCAGACGCAGACCAGGAGGACUCCAACAGGACCAUCAGCCCUUCCACAAGCAACAACAUCCCCCUCAUGCGCGUAGUGCAGUCUGUCAAGCACACAAAGCGGAGAAGCAGCACGGUGAUGAAGGAAGGAUGGAUGGUCCAUUAUACCAGCAAGGACACACUGCGGAAAAGGCAUUACUGGAGAUUGGACAGCAAGUGCAUCACGCUCUUCCAAAAUGACACGGGAAGCCGGUACUAUAAGGAAAUUCCUUUAUCUGAAAUUUUAUGUCUGGAACCCGCAAAACCUUCAGCAUUAAUUCCCCUUGGAGCUAAUCCCCACUGUUUUGAAAUCACUACAGCAAAUGUAGUGUACUACGUGGGAGAAAAUGUGGUCACUCCUUCAAGCCCCCCACCAAACAACAGUGUUUUCACCAGCGGCAUUGGUGCAGACGUGGCCAGAAUGUGGGAGGUGGCCAUUCAGCAUGCUCUCAUGCCUGUCAUCCCCAAGGGUUCCUCCAUGGGCUCAGGAACCAAUUUACAUAAAGAUAUUUCUGUGAGCAUUUCAGUUUCAAAUUGCCAGAUUCAGGAAAAUGUGGACAUCAGUACCAUCUAUCAGAUUUUUCCUGAUGAAGUUUUGGGUUCUGGACAGUUUGGAAUUGUUUAUGGAGGUAAACAUCGUAAAACAGGAAGAGAUGUAGCUAUUAAAAUUAUUGACAAAUUAAGAUUUCCAACAAAACAAGAAAGUCAGCUUCGUAAUGAGGUUGCAAUUUUACAGAACCUUCAUCACCCUGGUGUUGUAAAUUUGGAGUGUAUGUUUGAGACGCCUGAAAGAGUGUUUGUUGUUAUGGAAAAACUCCAUGGAGACAUGCUGGAGAUGAUCUUGUCAAGUGAAAAGGGCAGGUUGCCAGAACACAUAACGAAGUUUUUAAUUACUCAGAUACUAGUGGCUUUGCGGCAUCUUCAUUUCAAAAACAUCGUUCACUGUGACCUCAAGCCAGAAAAUGUGUUGCUGGCAUCUGCUGAUCCUUUCCCUCAGGUGAAACUUUGUGAUUUUGGUUUUGCCCGGAUCAUUGGAGAGAAGUCCUUCCGGAGGUCAGUGGUGGGUACUCCAGCCUACCUGGCACCUGAGGUUCUGAGGAACAAGGGCUAUAAUCGCUCUCUUGACAUGUGGUCUGUUGGGGUCAUCAUCUAUGUGAGCCUCAGUGGCACCUUCCCUUUUAAUGAAGAUGAAGACAUCCAUGAUCAGAUCCAGAAUGCAGCCUUCAUGUAUCCGCCCAAUCCUUGGAAGGAGAUUUCUCAUGAAGCCAUCGAUCUUAUCAAUAACUUGCUGCAAGUGAAAAUGAGAAAGCGCUACAGUGUGGAUAAAACCUUGAGUCACCCUUGGCUACAGGACUAUCAGACCUGGUUAGAUUUACGAGAGCUGGAAUGCAAGAUUGGAGAACGCUAUAUUACCCACGAAAGUGAUGACUCAAGGUGGGAACAGUAUGCCAGUGAGCAGGGGCUGCAGUACCCAGCACACCUGAUCAAUCUGAGCGCUAGCCACAGCGACAGUCCUGAGGCUGAAGAGAGAGAGAUGAAAGCCCUCAGUGAGCGUGUCAGCAUCCUCUGACUCCAUCCUUUCUAAUCUGUCAAAACACUGUGGAAUUAAUAAAUACAUACGGUCAGGUUUAACAUUUGCCUUGCAGAACUGCCAUUAUUUUCUGUCAGAUGAGAACAAAGCUGUUAAACUGUUAGCACUGUUGAUGUAUCUGAGUUGCCAAGACAAAUCAACAGAAGCAUUUGUAUUUUGUGUGACCAACUGUGUUGUAUUAACAAAAGUUCCCAGAAACACUAAACUUGUUAUUGUGGAUGAUUUAUGUUAUAUUUAAUACAUUAAGCCUGUCUCCAUUGUGCCUUUGCAAA